AUGGCCAACAGGCACGAAAUCGACGUUGAUGGCGACCUCGUCCUUACGCUCAGCAGAAUGAGACUGGCCGAUGCGGAUGCAGAAGCUGAAGAUGAAGAUGAAACCCUGCAAAACGACGAGUUGCGAGUUUCUUCAAAAGUGCUCCAGCUUAAUUCGCCUGUCUUUAAAGCCAUGCUGGGAGGGAAAUUCAAAGAAGGGACCGAACUCGCCGAAAGGACCGGACCAGAGCCGUACGACUUGGAGCUCCCAGACGACGAUGUAGAAGCCAUGUCGAUACUGUGCCAGAUUCUUCACAACGUCUACGUCCCAGAGAUUCCGAAGCCCAUGUCAUUAGAGAAAUUGGCAUAUAUCUGCGACAAGUACGAAUGCAUCAACGCCCUCAAGUACUGCGGCAUCGUAUGGAUCAGGGAUUGGCUCCAUCAGUUUGAUGACGAGACCUAA